UCCUAACCCCUUCUUUUAGCGUGGUGGAGAACCUGUAAGGCAGAGGUCGGGGCUUAACUGUGACAUGAACCUGUUCGGUUCAGUAAGGCUUGGUAAAGGUAGAGCUGGUAGCUGAGCUACCUAUCGGCUAACACAUGCUAACUCCACUUAUGUGACUGAGACCUGGUAGCCAGCAUGCUGGCGUUCUUCUUAUGAUGCCGGCUUCAAUUUAACUGCCUAUGCUAACAAGCUACGUGUGUGAGGAACCGGAAAGAGGCUUGGCGGCACCCUCGAACAUCAGCAGCAGCUACGGGUAAUCUUGAGUGCGGAUGCCUCCUGUCGCUAGCUGAAGUUCCUCCUCCGUGUGUGGAUGAGGUAGUGUAGCUAGCUCAAACGCACUGAGGCGGCAGUGGAUGCAUGUCUACCUCUCAACCACGAGACGAUCUGCGGAAGAAAAAUCUUGCAGUUCAUGUUUCGCCAAGAAGUCGGUGCGGCGUCUUUUAUUCCAUCCUGUUCGAAUCUUUUCCAACACGAGAAGAGGAAUAUGUCCAGAUAUAACAUAUACAGCCUGCUGGACUGGGUCUACGGCGGGGUGGACCCCAAGUUUGAAGGCAACGGGGGGCCCGAGUGUGCCGCCUUUCUCGCUCCCCAGCAGCGCAUCGCUGAAAGCCUGCUCAUCGUCCUCAUCUCCCUGGUGGAGAUCGGGGUGGCACUGAAGAAAAUAAACCUCUCCAAAGAGCUCAGAGUAGCUGGGAAAGACUGCAUAAGGGCAAAAGAGGAUAGUCUGGGCAAGAACCUGUUGCUGGUUGCCCUGUGCAUGACUUUUGGAGUGGAGGUUGGCUUCAAGUUUGCAACCAAGACUUUGAUAUAUCUGCUGAAUCCCUGCCAUGUCGUGACCAUGGUGCAGAUCUUCCUCCUGGCCUGUCCGCCAUGUAAAACAGCAAUGGUUGUGUUCAGGCUCCAGGUCCACAUGUUGAAUGGAGCACUAUUGGCUUUAAUGUUCCCUGUAGUCAACACCAGACUGCUGCCAUUUGAGAAAGAGAUCUAUUACAUCCAACACUCCAUGUUGUACCUGGUGCCUCUUUAUCUUUUCAGGAAAGGAGGUGUGUACAAGCCUGAGCCUCUGGGAGACAUGUGGUGGGCCCUGCUCUCUACAGGCAUUCUGUUCCUCUAUCACUUCACCUUCCUGCAGCUCCUCGGCCUGAGGUCAGUAACGCUGCGUUUCUGCAUUGACUCUGCAAUAAAGUUACAAGUAGAAGAAGAAGCGGGAGGCGGAGCUACGUGUUUGAAAGUGGCGGGCAGUAACAACACCUCAGAUCUCACUACUGGAGCAAAAGUACAGAAGUUGGACAAUUAUUCGUUGUAUUCUUACACUAUGGCGAACGAGGAUGGGAAGGUGAUCCCGGUGCGGGUUGCCUUGCGAUGUCGCCCGCUGGUACAAAAAGAAAUCAGCGAGGGAUGUCAGCCCUGUCUCACUUUCGUGCCUGGUGAGCCACAGGUGAUUGUUGGCACAGAGAAGGCGUUCACUUAUGAUUGUGUCUUUGAUCCCACUGCUGAGCAAGAAGAAGUUUUUAGUACAGCAGUUUCCCCUUUAUUGUGUGGGCUUUUCAAAGGCUAUCAUGCUACGGUUUUUGCAUAUGGACAGACGGGAUCCGGAAAGACCUUUUCCAUGGGAGGCACGUAUACAUCAGCUCAAGAAAAUGACCCGUCUGUUGGAGUUAUUCCUCGAGUUAUCAGAAGGAUCUUUGAGGAAAGGGAGAAGAGGACAGAGUGUGAAUUCUGUCUGGCAGUGUCUUACCUGGAGAUAUAUAAUGAAGAUAUAUUGGACUUGCUGUGUUCAUCCAAAGAUAAAAAUGCUAUCAGCAUUCGGGAAGACCCUAAAGAAGGUAUCAAGAUUGUCGGCUUAACUGAGAAGCAGGUGUUUUCUGCCUCUGAGAUGGUGAACUGUCUGGAGCUUGGAAACUCUGCUCGCACUGUGGGUGCCACGGCCAUGAAUGCUGCCUCUUCACGUUCCCAUGCCAUUUUCACCAUCACACUGGAGCAACGCAGAGGGACAGACAAGGUGGAUUCAGUUGUUUCAAAGUUGCACCUUGUGGAUCUGGCUGGCUCGGAGAGACAAAAGAAAACCAAAGCAGAAGGAGAUCGUUUAAAGGAAGGUAUCAGCAUCAAUCGUGGCCUUUUGUCUUUGGGGAAUGUGAUCAGCGCCUUGGGGGAUGAAAGCAAGAAAAACAGCUUUGUUCCUUACAGAGACUCUAAGCUCACCCGCCUGCUGCAAGAUUCUUUGGGAGGCAACAGCCACACGUUGAUGAUUGCUUGCGUCAGUCCUGCAGACUCUAACAUGGAGGAAACUAUUAACACACUGCGAUAUGCUGACAGAGCUCGGAAGAUUAAAAACAAACCAAUAGUCAAUAUCGACCCCAGAGCUGCAGAGUUGACCCGUCUGAAACAACAGGUUCAAGAGCUGCAGGUGAUGUUACUUCAUGCACGUGGAGGAGUUGCUCCGGUGCUCUCUGGGUCAGAGAGUGCAGAGAAUGUGACUAAGCUACUAGAAAAGAACCGUGCUCUGCAGGAUGAGAACAACAAACUGAGCAGAGAGCUGAGCGAGGCAGCUGGACAGACGGCCCUCAUGUUUGAGAAGAUCAUUAUGACAGAGCAAGCAAAUGAGAAACUGCAAAGCAAACUGGAGCAACUGCGGCACCAUGCAGCAUGUACUGUCGACCUGGAGAAAGUGAUGAAAACGCUGGAGGACCAGGAGCUAAAGGAGAAUGUUGAAGUGAUGAAGAACCUGCAAAACAUCAUCUUGGAGCUCAAAAAUGAGAGUGCGGGCAUCGCCGCCUCCAUUGAUGCAAUAGCUGCAGGAGAGGAUAUACCUGAGGUGUCUGGGAAUGGCAGUAAGAGUUCACCAGAGGCAUCUCUAUCCGAUGCCACUGCCCUAAAGGACUCCCCAGAGGCCUUUACAGCCCACCAUGCGUUGCGACAAGCCCAGCUCUCCAAGGAACUGAUUGAGCUCAACAAAGUAUUAAGUCUGAAGGAAGCGUUUGUAAAGAAAAUGUGCCAGAAUGACAGCCAGCUGGAGCCAAUGCAGUCAGAGCACCAGAAAAAUGUACAAACUCUACAUUCGGCUGUGGAUUCACUGCAGAAAGAGAAAGAGGAGCUCAUUUUGGCUCUUCAGUCUGCAAAGAAAGACACCAACCAGGCUAAGCUCAGCGAGCAACGGAGGAAGAGACUGCAGGAGCUUGAGGGUCAGCUGGUAGACAUGAAGAAAAAGCUUCUCGAGCAGUCCAAACUGUUGAAACUCAAAGAGUCAUCUGUUCAGAAAGUUAGCAAGCUCAUGGAGGAAAUACAGGCUAUGAAGACCCAGCGUACGCAGCUAAUGCGGCAGAUGAGAGAGGACUCCGAAAAAUUCAGACAGUGGAAGAACAAGAAGGACAGGGAGGUACUGCAGCUGAAGGAGAAGGAUCGUAAACGCCAGUACGAGUUGCUUAAGCUCGAGAGGGAUUUUCAGAAACAAGCCAACGUCUUGCGUCGUAAAACCGAAGAGGCUGCAGCUGCAAACAAGAGAUUAAAAGAUGCUCUACAGAAGAGAAGCGAAGUAACAGAGAAACGCAAAGAUUCCCAGAACAGAUGCAUGGAGGGAGCAGCUGCAAGAGUGAAGACAUGGCUUCUCAACGAAGUGGAGGUGAUGGUUAGCACAGAGGAGGCCAGACGCCAUCUCAAUGAUCUGCUGGAGGACAGGAAGGUUUUGGCUCAGGAGGUCAACCACCUCAAACAGCAGUUAGAGGCUGGGGAGCGGCCGGCUCCCAAAAUCAGGCGAAGGACGCUGAUCAUUUCUGAGCUGGAGAGCCAGGGGAUGCUGGAAACACCUCUGACCAAACAGGUGGAAAAUCUGGAGACAGAAAUCGGCCUCAGGAACGCCCAGAUAGCCGAUCUACAGCAGAAAGUUCUCGCCGCAGACAGUGAGGGGCGUUUUAAGCAACGCAUAGACACCAUCACGAGUAUAACUGAGGCCAAGUGUGCCCUUAAGGUCCUGAUGUCAGAGCUGGUGUCUGCAAAAACAGCCAGUGCCAAGCUGGAGAGCGAGUUGAAACAAGAAAGAGGAAAUGCACAAGAUUUAAGGAAGAUGCUGGCUGAAGAGAGAAAUGUCAUGUCCACCAUGGACAUGGAGCACCAGCAGCAGAUGGUGGAACUCGAGCAGAGGCAUCAGGAAAAGGUCCUUUACCUCCUUAACCAGCUCCAGAACAAACCUAUUGGUGGAGAUUCUGAUGCAACAAACCAAAAUGACAAGGACAGUUCAAAGGAGGAGCAGCUUCUACAGCGCCUCAAAGUUCAGGAGGAAGAACUUGAAAAGCUACGAGAAUUAAGCGAGCAGAACCAGAAACUGGUGGAGCAGAAUGAACAGUACAGACAGAAACUCUCGUUGCUCCACUUGGCAAGUGGGAAGAAAAUCCUUCUGCCUAUAGUCAACAACGAAAACAGCCCAGAUGACUCAUUUGAGUACGUUCCUCCAAAGCCGAAACCAAGGCGCUUCACUACAGCUAAAGCGCAGCUGAAUAAGGCCAUCGACAUCGAGGAGCUGAUGUCACCCAGUGAGGACGAGAGCGAGAAGGAAGCAGAAGAGUGGCGACCUGAGAAACACGAGAGGGGACGCAAAACCUCGAAGAAACCGAAACAAACUGGGUGUACGUGUAAAGGUCGCUGCAGCAACAAGCAGUGCAGAUGUCGCAAAGGGAAGAUGACAUGUGGGGAGAACUGCCAGUGUGAUCACGAGAAAUGCCGAAAUAUGGAUAACCAGGUGCCUGCUGAGGAUGCAAGUUCGACAGAAAGUGCUUCUCGAGACUCUGUGUCUCUUCAGGACCCCAUAUCCGUCAGCCCAGGUGACAUCACGUUCUUCAAGCCGCCAUCUUGCACUCCUACAAAGAAGGUGUUAAAGGAAAUCGGAGACAUGGGACACACCACCGCAGACUUGAAGUUGGUCAGGAAACCGAUCUUUGCAGAGGAAGAGCAGCAGGAGGAGGACAAUGAAGAGGACAGAACAACGGUCAGCUUACUGAAGAAGAAGAAACGACUCCUGACGAGUUUUCAGAACAGUUUUUUCUCAGGAUGCACUCCAAUCAGAGAGGAGUCCUAAUCUGGACAUUAGCUGUAAAUAGGUUCUUAGUUGAUUGUUAGUUUAAGUCUUUUUUUUUUUUUUUAAUAUGACUAACCUGUUACCUGAAAGUAGCUGUUGAUUUUGAAACUUCAGUUUUCACUAGAGGUGACUUAAAGGACUGAAUAUCACAGAUUCACAAUGAAAUGAUCAAGUCUGUACAACUUAGGUUUGUCAUUUGAGAUCCCCCCAAAUGAUAAUAAAUUAACUUCUCUAAUAUAUUAAAUUGGUUGUCACUACACAUGCACACACAUCUUCUUGGGGAGCAAAUUUUAGUCAUUUAUUUACUGUGCUUUUAGUGUCGGAGCUGAAUAAAGUCUUACACUCAAA